AUGGCCGGGCAAGCUUCUCCAUCACCUCGCAAACCACGGGCACGUAAGCCCAAGAAGAUUGUCGACAACGAUCAAGAGCAGACGGUGCUUGCAGUCCGCAAAAAUGAAGCUCUCGUGCGCGUUCCGACGUUUCCCCUUGCGGCUUUUCUCUGGCCCGCUCGCGGGUCUGCCACACAAUGGGAGACGCUCGCUCUCACUUUGCUCAUCGUUGGCGUCUUCAGAUGGGCUGCUGGCUUGUGGGGUUACUCGGGAUUCCACAAACCACCGUUGUUCGGAGACUACGAAGCGCAGAGACAUUGGAUGGAAGUGACCACGCAACUUCCCAUCUCGCAAUGGUACUUCCAUGACCUCGAGUGGUGGGGGCUUGACUACCCGCCUCUGACGGCUUACCACAGUUGGCUUUUGGGCAAGAUUGGCUCUCUCAUCAACCCGGCCUGGUUUGCUCUUUUCAGCUCCCGCGGCUCGGACGACCCUGUCCUCAAAAUUUUCAUGAGGGCCACCGUCCUUGUGUCUGAGUAUCUCAUCUACGUACCGGCGACUGUGGUUUUCGUGCGAAGAUUUGGGAGGCUUAGCGGCGUUGAUAGGUGGUCGAGCUCGGUGGCCCUGGUGGCUAUCCUUAUGCAGCCGGGCCUAAUCCUCAUCGAUCAUGUCCACUUCCAGUACAAUACGGUUAUGCUUGGCUUCGUCCUGGCAAGCAUGUCAAGCAUGUUGGCUGGCAGACUUCUCUGGGCCUCGGUUUUCUUCGUGGCCGCACUAGGCUUUAAGCAGAUGGCACUCUAUUACGCAUUUAGUGUCUUUGCUUUCCUUUUAGGCGCUUGCGUCUUUCCCAAAUUGAAUCUGCCUAGACUGCUUGCCAUCGCGGCUGUCACCGCGAUCUCGUUCGCCGUUCUGGUCUUGCCUCUGGUGAUCGGGGCCCUCUACGAUGCGCAACGCGGUAUCGACUCACGACCAGAUCUCGAUGGCCCACCUACACCUCUACCUAUAUUCUCGUUCCUAUCUGAGUAUUUGGACACAGACGCGGUGUACUAUCCAGUCGUCGAACAGAUGGUCCAGCUCAUUCACAGGGUCUUCCCUUUCGCUCGAGGGCUUUUCGAGGACAAAGUUGCCAACUUUUGGUGCGCCAUCAACGUCGUCUUCAAAUUGCGCAAAUACCCGGCUGCGCUUCUGCAAAAGGCAGCCCUGGGGGCUACACUCGCAGCCAUCAUUCCCCCAAACCUGGUCCUAUUCCUACGGCCCCGCAAGGUGCUACUGCCUUCGGCUUUCGCAGCGACUGCUUGGGGAUUUUUUCUCUUUAGUUAUCAGGUCCACGAAAAGAGCGUACUGCUUCCAUUAAUGCCAAUGACUAUAAUGCUAGCUGGCGGCAAUGGGCUGGCCCGGGAAGUAAGGGCAUGGGUUGGCUUUGCGAACAUCCUGGGCGCCUGGACAAUGUUCCCAUUGCUUCAGAGGGUUGACCUGAGGGUGCCCUACGUCGUGCUGACUCUGCUCUGGGCAUACCUACUCGGCCUCCCGCCGACCUCGACGAGCGUCUAUUUUGACGAGGAAGGGCCGGCAACGGCUGGUCAGUGGAUACUGUUCUUGGUGCAUGGAACUUUCUACCUGGCAAUGGCUGCGUGGCAUGUGGUUGAUCGCUUCUUCCUGCCUCCCAUUGGUAUGCCCGACCUGUGGGUUGUUGCCAAUGUCGGGCUGGGUGCAGUAGGGUUCGCGCUCUGCUACCUUUGGUGUAUGUGGAAGCUUUUAGUUGAUGCGGAUUUGAUACCAAAAUCAUGGUACAACACCAAGGCAAAAGUCAAGAAGGGCUAG